CGGGCGCACGGCCCGGGAGCAUGCCCGCGCAGCCCCGCUGAAUGGCGCCUCCCGUGCGCCCGGGGAUGCCGCCCCUGCUGCUGUUACUGCUGCUGCUGCCGCCGCUCGGCUGGCUUCCAGGAGUGUGGAGCUUUAGUGAACUGUUUUUCGUGAAAGAACCACAGGAUAUAACUGUCACAAGGAAAGAGUCGGUGUCUUUAGAUUGCCAGGCUCAUGGAGAAGGUCCCAUUAAGGUCACGUGGAUGAAAAAUGGAGCAAAACUGUCUGAAAAUAAACGGAUCCAGGUUCUAUCUAACGGCUCUUUGCACAUCAGUGAGAUGGAAGGCAGGCGAGGAGAGCAGUCGGAUGAAGGAUUUUAUCAGUGCUUGGCAGUGAACAAAUACGGGGCCAUUCUCAGUCAGAAAGCUCAUCUGACACUGUCAACUAUUUCUGCGUUUGAAGUCCAUCCAGUUUCUACUGAAGUCCGCGAAGGGGGAGUGGCUAGAUUUUCUUGCAAGAUUUCAUCAAACCCCCCUGCAGUCAUAACAUGGGAGUUUAAUAGGACAACCCUGCCUAUAACCAUGGACAGGGUGACGGCCCUGCCCUCAGGAGUGCUACAGAUCUAUGAUGCUGGCCCAGAGGAUGCUGGGAAUUACCGCUGUGUUGCGGCGACUACAGCUCAUAAGCGGAAAAGCAUGGAAGCCUCCCUAACCGUCAUUCCAGCUAAUGAGUCGACACCCUUCUACAUGCCAACCAUUGUAGCCGGUCCCCAGAAUGUAACUGUAUCGCUGCAUCAGACAGCUGUGCUAGAGUGUAUGGCCACAGGCUAUCCCAAACCCAUCAUUUCCUGGAGCCGGCUUGAUCACAAGUCCAUUGAUGUCUUCAAUACUCGGGUACUUGGAAAUGGCAAUCUUAUAAUAUCAGAUGUCAAGCUACAGCAUACUGGAGUGUAUGUUUGUCGGGCCACCACCCCUGGCACUCGCAACUUCACAGUUGCUAUGGCAACUUUAACUGUAUUAGCUCCUCCUUCGUUUGUUGAAUGGCCUGAAAGUUUAACAAGACCACGGGCUGGCACUGCACGGUUUGUGUGUCAGGCAGAGGGAACUCCCUCACCUAAAAUGUCCUGGUUGAAAAACGGGAGAAGGAUACAUUCAAACGGCAGGAUUAAAAUGUACAACAGCAAAUUGGUAAUUAAUCAGAUUAUCCCGGAAGAUGAUGCUUUUUAUCAGUGCAUGGCCGAAAACAGCCAAGGAUCUGCUCUGUCUCGAGCCAGACUGACCGUGGUUAUGUCGGAGGAUAGACCCAGUGCUCCAUACAAUGUUCAUGCUGAAACCAUGUCCAGCUCCGCCAUCCUCCUAGCUUGGGAGAGGCCACUGUACAACUCAGACAAGGUCAUCGCCUACUCUGUGCACUACAUGAAAGCAGAAGGUUUAAAUAAUGAGGAGUAUCAAGUGGUCCUUGGAAAUGAUACAACUCAUUACAUCAUCGAUGACCUAGAGCCUGCCAGCAGUUACACUUUCUACAUCGUGGCAUACAUGCCAAUGGGAGCCAGCCAGAUGUCAGACCACGUGACACAGAACACUCUAGAAGAUGUGCCCCUAAGACCUCCCGAAAUUAGCUUGACCAGCCGAAGUCCCACCGACAUUCUCGUCUCCUGGCUGCCCAUCCCGGCCAAGUACCGGCGGGGCCAAGUGGUGCUGUAUCGGCUGUCCUUCCGCCUGAGCACUGAGAAUUCCAUCCAAGUCGUGGAGCUCCCGGGGACUGCGCAUGAGCACCUCCUGGAAGGUCUGAGGCCUGACAGUGUCUAUCUGGUCCGGAUUACUGCUGCCACCCGCGUGGGGCUGGGCGAGUCAUCGGUGUGGACCUCACACAGGACGCCCAAAGCCACGAGCUUGAAAGCCCCUAAGUCCCCUGAACUUCAUUUGGAACCCUUGAACUGUACUACCAUCUCCGUGAGGUGGCUGCAAGACACCGAGGACCCAGCCGCCAUUCAGGGCUACAAGCUGUUUUAUAAAGAGGAAGGGCAGCAGGAGAAUGGACCUAUUUUCCUAGACACCGGUGACCUGCUGUAUACACUAAGUGGCUUGGGUGAGUGUGUCUGCAUUGUGCAAAUCCUUUAUCCUUCUGCUUCGGCCGACUGGGGAUAG